GCCAGCCUCCAGGUCCAAGCGGGCUGGGGUGUGUGGCGCAAGGCUGGUUGUUUGUACUGCUGCAGGUGCGACCGCGCUUCACAGGGCCGAAUCACUAUUUACACCCGCCGCCCCUGCCCCAUCUCCGUUUCCCACAUCACAUUCCCCUGCUUUAUAUUCCCGGCUCGCCCUCGCCCUUCUCUCCACCCACACGCACAUUCGCUUCGAUUUGACCACACUCGCUCGGCUUCUUCAGUUGCCAGCUCGAUACCACCUUCCUACAGUAACCGACAACAAUCGCUACCAUGCGUACCCAGUCCGUCUUCACUCUGCUCGCUGUGGCCGCAGCUGUCGUCGCCGAGGACGCUCCCGUCGUAGAGCACAACCCCAUUGGCGCACAGUACGAGGCCACCCUCAAGCCCAAGGGUAAAUACGAAGUGUCUGGUGCCGUCAAGAUCGCCAGCGGUGCUGCUGGCAAGGGCGUCACGAUUGAGAUCGCUCUUGCCGGCCUGCCUGCCCAGGGCGGUCCCUUCUUGUACCAUAUUCACGAGAAGCCUGUCCCCGAAGAUGGCAACUGCACUGGAACUGGCGCCCAUCUCGACCCCUACAAGCGCGGCGAGACGCCCCCCUGUGACGCCAGCGACAAGGCGUCUUGCCAGACGGGAGAUCUAUCUGGCAAGUACGGCAAGAUCGAGUCGACCUCCUUCAGCGCCACAUAUAACGAUGAGUUCCUUGCGACCCUGACCGACGACGUGUCCUACUUCGGUGACAAGUCCAUUGUCGUCCACCUGGCCAACAAGACCCGUAUCGCUUGCGCCAACUUCAAGCAGCUGUCUCCUGGCGAUGUCACCACGACCGCCUCGUCUGUCGGCACCUCCUACGGAACCGCACUACCUUCUGGAUCUGCGAGCCACGGUCACAACGCCACCACCUCAGCUACCCCUACUGGUUCCACCGGUGCUCCCAUCCAGCCCACCGCAUCCCCGACCGCAAGCACUACCGCGGCCCCGCCUAACACCGGCGCCGCCGGUAAGGUGGCAGUCAGCGGUGCAGCCCUCCUCGCUUUCGCUGCGGCCAUGAUGCUCUAGAUAGUAAUCAAGUAAUGUUGGGAAAGGAUAUUGCUGCAUUUGGCGUUAUUUCGGGCAAAACUUCGAGGAAUUGUGUAUACGGAUUUUCAGCCUCACGGGCACGGUAAUGAAAGGAGCAGGUGAUAAUAUCCAUGAUUCGGUAGAUACCAACGAUAA